AUGACGACAGCGCCGCCGGGGCUGCAUCCGCUUCGCCGGCUGGGGCGGAUGGAGCGGCGGCGGCACCGUCUUGUGAUGGCGGCGGAGGUCGAGAAGAAGGAAGAGGAGAAGGAGGAAGACGAUGUGGUGGGAGUGUGUAAUGAGGAGGACGUUGCUGUCCGGCGUGAUGCGACUGCAAAAGUCGAGGAAGAGCGAGCUGGUGCGGCCGCAGCCAGCGCUCGCCGCAGCAGGGCGGUCCGGCAGGCGUUCAUUGUGUGUGCGGAGGGGUAA